AUGUUGUUGACUCUUCUAUUAUUAACACUUUCAGGUGCAUAUCUGACUCCUUUAUCAACAUGCCAACCCGCAAGAAUAUCAUAUUACACGUUUUAUAACUCUGAAAGUGCACGAUGUCAAUUAGGUACUGAGAAUGUGGACACCAUGUUUCGUUGUGCUCCAAACACUGCUUUUCUGAACAAAGCUUCUCAGUGUGGGAUUUGCUACGAGGCCGUUGGUGAGGUUGGUUCUGUUCGAUUUAUGGUGACUGAUGAGUGUCCAGCCGGUAGUAACAGUGAACAUUGCUCUGGUGAUUACACGCACUUUGAUAUGGCUUCCAAUGCCUUUCCGAGCUUGUGCGACACCAAUUUAGGUCUUUGUAAUAUAACAUAUCGAAUGGUCGCCUGUGACCACACUGGCAAUAUUAAAGCCAAAUUGAAAGAUGGUUCCAGCAAUUAUUACAUUGGAGUGAUCUUUAGAAACCACAUUGUUGGUAUUAAAAAGGUUCAAAUUUCGUUUGGAGGAAACACAUAUGAUUUAACACGAGACGAGUCCAAUCAGUGGCAAUAUAACGCACAGAACACUUUACCAGUGACGUACUUGAUCACUUCAAUCGACGACGAUGUUGUCGAGUUGACUGUUGAUAGUUACUCGACAUCGACGUUGUUUGAAUCUAAACGCAAUUUUAAAAUACCACAAAACACGUUCUUUGACCCGGCGACACUGCAGAAGACAGCAGUGAGUAAUUCGAAAGAAUGCUGCGAGACUCCUAAGUUCAAAAAUAUAUAUGGAGAUAAGUUCGAAACACCUUAUAAGUUCAUUAACACCGGCGGAAGUGACAAUCAAUGCAAUGGAGACAAAAAGUCGGGAAGCUGCGCACUUUCAAUUCAAGUCCCACAAUGGAGAGGAUUCCAAUUCACCACCGGAAAUCACCAAAUAGCUUCAAAGUCAAUUAAAGAAAUAACGUUCUUUGGAAAGGCAUCAAAAGAAUGUGACUUGAUGGUGUGGGCGCUCUUCAAAAACUUAAAGAAAACAUUGAAAAUGACGACAUCGUACACAUCGUUUUCAAUACAAUUGAAUGAAAUUGGAAUAACAGAAAGUGAUCAAUAUUGGUACGGUCUUGAGUUCCAAAACCCAGACCCAAGCCAAGUAACGUUUUACUUUGAUGAUAUUAAAACAGUGUACGAUGGAGAAGUCUGUACACAAAAAUGCUCAGAUCAUACUUCAACGUGUAAUGGAGGAGGAGAUGGUGAUGAUAACAGUAAUGGUAAUAACCCCUCAAAAGAUGAAGGAGAAUUAUAUUACAUUGUGUUCUUCAUGACAAUUGCAUUGAUUUUUAUCUAA